AUGCUUCUCUCAAAAUUUGAUUUAUUUUCACAACCUUUCCUUUUUAAUUUAAAUAAUAACCAGUUUAAAAAAGGAACAAUACAGGGUUUACUUUUGUCUUUGGGAAUCACAGGGACAAUACUUGCAUAUUUUAUUUACUUAACCUAUCAAUUUUUCUAAAAUAAAAUAGACCCUAUUUUCAGAUCAUAAAAUUUUGUCUCUAAUGACCUAAUAGAAGUGCCUUUGCACGAAGAUUUGGUAGCUUUUUAAUUUGUUCAUAGUCCUUAAUAGACCCUUGAUUAGUUAGAACAAAAAAUGAAUAAAACAUAUAUUGUACCUAUGGCUACUUUUGCAUUUGAAACAACAGGUGCUUACAAUUAAACUUUUCUAAAUAUCUCUAAAUGCUCUAAUCCUGAUCUUAAUGGCUACUAUUGUUUAGAUUUCUCUACCUUGGCUAAUAGUAGUUUAAUUAGUAACUUUAAGAAUAAUAUUUUUUCUGUUAUAACACUCCUCUUUUAUCCUUGCCCAACUACAGAUAACAUAAAGACAUUCGUUCCAGAUAAUUGUGCUAGCCAAAGCGAUAUUGACAAUUUUGCUAAUGAUGCUUAUACUUCACUUCGUUUAAGGCUGUUUACUUAAUAAUACAAUACUACUAGCAAAUAAACCCAAACUAAUUUUAAGUAAUUUUAGAUGUUUCCUUAGUCAGAUUAAUACAUUUUGAAUAGGUAAUAUGUAUAAAACCAAAUAACAAAAGUGAAAGAUGGCCUUAUCAUUUAAUCUGAAUCUGAAUAUAAUGCUCCUAUUUCCUAUACAUAUGAUAAUCAAUAUUUUCCAAAUUACUAGAAUCCUUAUAUCUAAGUUAGUAUUCAAAUAGAAGAAGUUAUUUACUAAACAUCAAUUUAAUUUUCAACUUUCCCACAGAUUUUAGCAUUAGUUAACAGUGCUUUUAGUCUUUUAAUAUUUUUGGGAAUCUUUUGUAAAAAAUUUGCAAAUAAGUCAAUUUUGUAGGAUUUUUUUUGCAUUUUUUUGCAAAAUAUGCAUUAAAAUCUUUACGAAGAAGUUUUGAAACAAAAUAAUCUUUUUUAAUCAAAUGCUUGUAAUACUCAAAUAGAGACAUAAUAAAAUAAAUUGAUAAUUGGAUAAGAAUUCACUGAAAGGGAAGUCCUUAGCAGCCUUAAUAUACCAAAUUUCAUAACAAAAUCUAGAGAAUAUAUUGAACUAAGUUAAUAGCUAUAAAUAAAUACCACCCGGAAUGAAAAAGACGAAAUUAUCGAAUCUGAAGAAGGUAGAAUGCAGUCACAGCCUGAUUAAUAUAAUAACAAUUAAUAAUUUGAAUUUUAAAAUAACGUUAUUAAUUAAAAUAAAAAAAAUUAAAAUUAGUAAAUAGAUGAAGGUAGUAAAUUUGGUAACAAUAAUUUUCUAUCAAGUGAUCGAAGUGACAUAAGAAAUUCAAAUGAAUAAACUUAUCUUGAAAACUUUAAUAGUUUACCUAUAAGGUAAACAGGUCCUUAUAGAUAAAGUCUUUUCUAAAAUAGUAAUUAAAAUUCCUAAAGAGAUGUUUUACACAAUUUACAUUCUUAGAAUAACAUUUCUAAAAAACCAAAAAUUGAAAAAACCAAUCCUAUAAAAACUCAAGAAAUCAAUCUAAAUUUUUCAUAAUAGAGUCAAAACAUUUAACAAAGCUAAUCGAAAUCUAACAAUUUAUAGGAUUCCAUUAAAAUAAAAACUGAAUAAAGUAAGAUGAGUGAUUAAGCCAAAAAAAAAAUGAAUACAAUUGAAUAUUACACUUAAAAGCUGAAAGUUAUUUAGGAUAUCAAUAUUUUUAAAAAAUUUACAUCAAUAAAUUUCGGAUAUUGGUUUUCUAUUUAGAAGAGACUCAAAAAUUUUAAAAUCUUCAAAAAAUAAAGCGAAUAACAGGAUCAAACAAAUCUAAGUUUAUAAUAAAAAACCUUUAUAGAAUAGUAAGUGUUAAAGAGUAUGAGUAUCAUUGAUCUAUUAAAAGAUAUCAUAUUUAUUAAGAAGUCAAUCAUGGUUCUAUUAACUAAAGAUCAGUUAGCAGCAAUGAAGCUUGUUGGUUACUCAGAGAAUUAUAUCUAAGACCAUUACCUUAAAAAAGACACUCAAAAUAAAGAUAAAAGAGGUACAUACUUUGAGAAUUAACUAGACAUUUUAGAUUCAACAGAAUUAUCUUGCUAAUAUAUUAAAAAAUUCAUUCAUAAGUGCACCAAUAGCAAAGUAUUAGAUAAAGUAGAUCAAAGAAUUUUAUCUUCAAUAAAUAAAAAUAUAAUUAAAUGA